UUAAUAUCCCCCAAAAUUGGAAUUCCUUGGAAUGUAGAAGAUUGAGGGGAGAUUUGACAGAGACGUACCAAAAUCAUGAGGGUUAUAGAUGGGGAAAAUGCAAGCUGGCUUUUUCCACUGAGAUUGGGUGGGACUACAACCAGAGGCCAUGGGUUAAGGGUGAAAGGUGAAAUGUUAAGGGGAACAUGAGGGGAAACUUCUUCCACUGACGGUCAUCCGGGUGUGGAAUGAGCAGAAAACCCAGCUGGUCCAUGCGAGGUCAGUUUCAACUUCUAAGAGGGUUGUAUAGGCACCUGGAUGGCAGGGGUACAGGAGCAGACAGUUUAAAUAGUUCAACACAAACUAGAUGGGCCAAAGGGCCUGAUUCUGUGUUGUGCUUUUCUAUGACUGUGACAAGAACCUGAAAUAAUAUGAUUAUUCUUUUAAUUCCUUUUAACAGCUGUGCGGACCAACCAUUCAUCUGGGCAGGAAACGUUUACAUGGCUUCAAAACUGUGGCACUUCACAUUGACAAUAGAUAAAAGAAAAUCCCAGCUGCACGUCAACAAAGGGUUAAAAACAACAAGGAAAUUAUCUACGGGGAGGUCAAACACAACACGCUGUUUUGUUGUCUAUGUCCAGAUAUUUAAGAAGUGGAACAAGGGAUUUACUCGAUCAUCAUUCCUACUCAGGCUGUGGGGAGUGAUUCACUCGAUCAUUAUUCCUAUUCAGACUGUGGGAGAGAUUCAUCGAUCAUCUGACCGACUGACAUGCUGUCAAUUUACACGGGGGGAAUCCAUUUAUCUGCUCAGUCAUCCACUCUAAUGGCUCACCAGCGAGUUCACACCGGGGUGUGGCCAUUCACCUGCUCAGACUGUGGGAAGGGAUUCAUGUUGUCAGCUCACCUACUGAGUCAUCAGUCAGUUCACACGGGUGAGAGGCCAUUCACCUGCUCUGACUGUGGGAAAGGAUUCACUUUGUCAUCUAAUCUUAAGCUACAUCAGCGAGUUCACUCUGGGGAGAGGCCGUUCACCUGCUCAGACUGUGGGAAGGGAUUGGCGUUGUCUUCCCACCUACUGAGACAUCAGUUAGUACACACUGGGGAGAGGCCGUUCACCUGCUCAGAAUGUGGGAAAAGAUUCACUUCGUCAUCUCAACUUAAGGUACAUCAGCGAGUUCACACUGGGGAGAGGCCGUUCACCUGCUCAGACUGUGGAAAAGGAUUCACUCAGUCAUCCCACCUUCAAGCACAUCAGCGAGUUCACACUGGGGAGAGGUCGUUCAACUGCUCAGAGUGUGGGAAGGGAUUCGCGUUGUCUUCCCACCUACUGAGACAUCAGUUAGUACACACUGGUGAGAGGCCGUUCACCUGCUCAGAGUGUGGGAAAAGAUUCACUUUGUCAUCUCAACUUAAGGUACAUCAGCGAGUUCACACUGGUGAGAGGCCGUUCACCUGCUCGGACUGUGGAAAAGGAUUCACUCAGUCAUCCCACCUAGAAGCACAUCAGCGAGUUCACACUGGGGAGAGGCCAUUCACCUGCUUAGACUGUGGGAAGGCGUUCACACAGUUUGCUACCCUACAAGCACACUGGUCAGUUCACACUGGGGAGAGGCCGUUCACCUGCUCAGACUGUGGGAAAGGAUUCACUUCGUCAUAUAAACUUAAGGUGCAUCAGCGAGUUCACACUGGGGAGAAGCCAUUCUCCUGCUUAGACUGUGGGAAGGGAUUUGCGUUGUCAUCUCACCUACUGAGACAUCAGUUAGUACACACUGGUGAGAGGCCGUUCACCUGCUCAGACUGUGGGAAAGGAUUCACUCAGUCAUCCCACCUACAAGCACAUCAGCGAGUUCACACUGGGGAGAGGCCAUUCACCUGCUCAGACUGUGGGAAAGGAUUCACUUCAUCAUAUAAACUUAAGGUACAUCAGCGAGUUCACAUGGGGGAGAGGCCGUUCACCUGCUCGGACUGUGGGAAAAGAUUCACUUCGUCAUCUCAACUGGAGAUUCAUCAGCAAGUUCACACUGGGGAGAGGCUGUUCACCUGCUCAGACUGUGGGAAAGGAUUCACUCAGUCAUCCCACCUACAAGCACAUCAGCGAGUUCACACUGGGGAGAGGCCAUUCACCUGCUCAGACUGUGGGAAAGGAUUCACUCAGUCAUCCCACCUACAAGCACAUCGGCGAGUUCACACUGGGGAGAGGCCAUUCACCUGCUCGGACUGUGGGAAUGGAUUCACUCAGUCAUCCCACCUACAAGCACAUCAGCGAGUUCACACUGGUGAGAAGCCGUUCACCUGCUCGGACUGUGGGAAGGGAUUCACUCAGUCAUCCCACCUACAAGCACAUCAGCGAGUUCACACUGGAGAGAGGCCGUUCACCUGCUCAUUGUGUGGGAAGCGAUUCGCGUUGUCCUCUCACCUACUGAGACAUCAGUUAGUACACACUGGUGAGAGGCCAUUCACCUGCUCAGAAUGUGGGAAAAGAUUCACUUUGUCAUCUCAACUUAAGGUACAUCAGCGAGUUCACACUGGGGAGAGGCCAUUCACCUGCUCAGACUAUGGAAAAGGAUUCACUCAGUCAUCCCACCUGCGAGCACACUACUCAGUUCACACCGGGGAGACUCCAGACACCUGCUCGGACUUUGGGAAGAGAUUCUCUCAGUCAAAUCAACCAAAUGUGCAUCAUUGAGUUCACACUGGAGAGACUGUUCACUGGAUGUGUGUCCAUCACCGUUGCUGAAUGCAAUUUCGAGACUGACUGUCGGUGCUGAACUCUGCAAUCAUUGCUGCUGCUCACCACACCCAGUUCUGCACCCUGGUCACUGGGCAUGGGAGGAGUUUCUUCUGCCGCACAUUCACCUUUAAUAGGACUGGAGUUUAAUAUUCUGCA